GAAAUGUAUGAGGAGAAAAGACACGGUUUUCGCAUUUCUUUGAGGAUUUUAAAUAGAGAAUCUUGCCUGCAAUCAGAAGUACUGUCCGCAUGUUUACCCCGGGGAGGUGACUCGUUAUUACGUCGGACUGUUUCAGCCACACCCACACAGUGAUUGAGACCUUCAGUGAAGCUCCUCCUACAACAAUCCACCAAUAAAUGCUGGAGUCAAACACACAGAGAAAUCACUCCAUGAGUGACAACUGAAAUCUUCAUGACAUAAUGUUGAUGCUGGUGAAAGAGCUUGAGAAAAUGACAGAUCCGCAACCAUGCAGAAUAAAGGAUGAAGACACUGAGGAACAAAUAGAUAUGAUGGGAGUGAAAGAGGAGAGUCAAGCUGAAGUGGAUGAGAAACAUCAUAUUGUAAAAAUAAAUCAUAAUGUUUCACAGAAAGAAACACUGAAGACAGAAGACAUAAAGAGUGAAAAUAGUUUCAGUGAAGAUGAACGCCCUGCAGAUCACAAGAGGACUCACAGUGAGGAGAAACCUUUCACAUGUCAACAGUGUGGAAAGAAUUUCAGAAGAAAAGGUCACCUUAAAGAACACAUGAGGACUCACAGUGAAGAGAAACCUUACACAUGUCAACAGUGUGGAAAGAGUUUUACCUUUAAAUCGAAACUUAACCGGCACAUAAAAACUCACAGUGGGGAAAAGCCACACGCGUGCCAGCAUUGUGACAAGAGUUUUCCAUCUACAGGUGAACUUAAGAUACACAUGAGACUUCACACUGGUGAGAAACCUUACACAUGUCAUCAAUGUGGAAAGAGUUUCAGAACAAAAUGGCACCUUAACGCACACAUUAGAAUUCACACUGGUGAGAAACCACAUCCGUGCCAUCACUGUGGAAAGAGUUUUAUAACUGCAAGUGACCUUAAGAAACAUUCAAGAAUUCACACUGGAGAGAAACCUUACAAGUGUCAACAGUGUGGAAAGACUUUCACCUUUAAAACAGGCCUUACCCAACACAUAAAAAAUCACAGAGGGGAAAAGCCAAACACGUGCCAUCACUGUGAAAAGAGUUUUCCAUCUACAAGUGACCUUAAGAUACACAUGAGUUCUCACACUGGAGAGAAACCUUACACUUGUCAUCUAUGUGGAAAGAGUUUCAGAACAAAACCUCACCUUAACAUACACAUGAUGAUUCACACCGGAGAGAAACCUUACACUUGUCAUCUGUGUGGAAAGAGUUUCAGAAGAAAACAUGACCUUAAUGCACACAUGAGGAUUCACACCGGAGAGAAACCACAUGUGUGCCAUCACUGUGAAAAGAGUUUUACAAGUAAAAGUAAUCUUAAGACACACAUGACAGUUCACACUGGAGAAAAACUGUUCACAUGUCAUCUGUGUGUAAAGAGUUUUAGAACGAAACGUAACCUUAAUAGACACGUGAGAAUUCACACUGGAGAGAAACCAUUCACAUGUCAACACUGUGGAAAGAGUUUUAUAAUGAAAUUUGACCUUAAUGCACAUGUGAGAAUUCACACCGGAGAGAAACCAUACUUGUGUCAUCAGUGUGGAAAGAGUUUCAGGACAAAACCAAAACUUAAUGCACAUUUGAUCACUCACACUGAAGAGAAACCGUUCACAUGCCAUGAGUGUAAAAAGAGUUUCAAAACAAAAGCUGCCCUUAAAAAACACGCAAGAUUUCACACUCAAUAGAAACCAUUCAUGUGUCAACAGUGUGGAUAUGGCAACAAAGUUUAGAAAUCAGCUGAGGUCUUAUUGUGUUCUUGUGUUCUCGUGAAACGUCAUCAGUCGCGGCCCAAGUACUGUUCCAAUUCCAAGUUCACAUCAAGCCAAGUUCACAUAACAUCUCAGGAUGUGUUCUUGAUCCGCUCAUUUUAUUAAGGAUGCAUCAGAAGGUGAUUUGUGUGGACUUACGACAGCCAAGUUUAAGUUUAAGAAGCUUAAAACCUGCACAAUAUUUGAAAUAUUACUCUUUCUGUGUCAUAAAAUGUAGCCGUUUAGUCGAGAAUAUAGAUGAAUAAAGUAAAGAUAGUGCCUAUAAUAAAAUUUUCUCUGACAAUUUUGGAUAUGUGAGUUUCAGGUGAUCAGCUUGCCGUCCGCGCUGUGUACACCACCGAGGGCAGCAGGGUGAUUUAUUGUUUUUUCUUCUUAUACUUCCAGUUAAAGAAUUGGGGGCUCUUAAAGGUGCUCUAAGCGAAUUCACGCGUUUUAGACCAUAAAACAUUUUUUGUUACAUACAGCAAACAUCUCCUCACUAUCUGCUUGCUGCCUGUCCGCUGAUCAAACUGUAAAAAAAACUCGAUCUCUGUAGACAGCCUAGGCUCCACAAACUGCAAUAACAACAAAGUGGCCAAACCUGCACCACGAAACAAAACAAAGUGUUCUAGCCAAUAAACGACAAGAAGGAUUUGGGGGUGGGGGUUAGGCGCAUUCAUGAAAGCACGGAAGAGAGGGGGAGGAGUUAGCUACGCUCCGUUUGUUUGAAAACAGUUCAAACAUCAACAAAAAGUAACGUCACACAGAUUCACUUAGAGCACCUUUAAAAUAGAUUUUACCUGUCUAGGUGGGUCCUGGAUUGAAUGUAUAGUAUUAUAUAGUAGGGGUUGGACCAAAAAUGUAUUCUUCGAUUCACGAAUGUCAAAAAGAGAAGGGUUUUCCCCCGAGCCAAAAUCCAUGUGAUCUCAAAAGAUGCCUCAGUUAAACGUUCGGCUAUAGAUUUUGUCCUGUGUAUAAGCCUUUGUUGUCCAGAAAGAGAGAAAGAAAGUUGCUUUAUUUGUCUUUUCCUUAUUUCAUUUCCAGGUGGAUAGUUUUUAUUGAAUUGUGGGUGCGUAGUUUGGAAAUGCCGCUCCAAAUUACCUCGCUUGAAACUAGAAAGGGUUUUUUGCAUAUUAAACACAAAGGGUUUGAUCCGUGGAGAACAAAAAAAUCAUCCGUCGACUUUUCUUGAAAUGUCCUAUGCUCAUCUGGUAUAACGCGUACCUUUCUCUUUUUAACAGGUGUUGACUCUCCACAAACCCCGCCAUCUUUGUCAUCAUCUUGUUGAUUUGCAGUUGGUGUAUGCUCCAAAUUUGUAGUUUCCUCGUUGUCACUGUCACAUUGCUUUGUUGCUGUGAACUUGGUGCACGAGUUUGUUUAAUUAGAAAUCGCUCCAUUUUCAGUCCGAAUAUAACACAAGCUGAAUUGGCAUGAAAUUUUGGAAAUAAUUUGCAUAUUCUACGGAUACUCGUAAGUACGCACAUUGCGUAUAGGACCAAACCACUAGGGGGGAGGCAUUACUCUUAAUUUCAUGCGGCACUCCACAGACUGAAAGGUGUGAGAAAUGAAUAUGCUGCAUAAGCAAAUACAUAAAUGCGCAUCCGGAGCAGAAAAUACAUGAUUGAAAAGCACACGACUGCAUUAUCAUAUAUAUUUUACCAUCUUGCAAGCCACAAAUUAAAGCUUGGCGAGCCGCGCAAUGAAGAACACUGUUGUAGAUUAAUAAUUUUAAUACUUCUCUUUACUUUACUUCAUAUACUAGUAGAGGACCUUGGCUGCAGCACAUUGUAAUUAUUAGGGGUCAAGCACCGAAGGUGCUGAGACACCUAUUGGAAUUGUCAGUAUUAUUAUUAUUAUUAUAUUUCCCCAAUGGGAGUCUAUGGCAGCCCUAUGAACCCUACAUAGGAAAAUGGUGAAAUUUGGCACAGUUGUAGAGGUGGUCCUGAAAAGUCAAGUGACCAAAAAUGGGGUCUCUAGCACUAACUCUAUAGCGCCACCAGCAGUGCAAAAAUUCAAUGUUCAAAUGGUUAUAACUGCUGAUCCGCUUGAUCUAUGAAAAUUCUACUUAGUACAGCUGAUUGCUCUCCUCAUGCUUAUUGUUUUUAAUACCUUACAGUUAGACUCCACCCAUUACAGUAGCGGCCAUUUUGAAAUGUACAGUAUUCCGUUUAUUCGCUACUCCUCCUUUAAAUUUGGUUCAAUUGUUAUGAAUUUUGGCACAGAUGAACUUUGGAGUGAGUCGCACCGAAAUGACCAAACAGAAUUUUGAUAUCUAUCUCUGUUCAAAAGUAAUAAAUGCGCAAACUUAACGAGGUUGACGCAUAAAUGGUUCUGAAGCUGUAGCUCGGUCAUUCUUUAAUCAAUUAAAAUGAAAUUUGGUACACUUCAUGUGGACCAUGAACUGGGGGUCCAUGCCUAAUUUGGCGACAGUGCCAACUAUGGGUCAUGAGAUAUGGAAAAUGGCUUUUUUUCCCAUAACUACCGAAAUGUUUGUCAGAAUUUUAUGAUCUUGGUGUCUACGGAUUCUUUGGCUCAUGACGAAUCUGUCGAUAUGUAUUAUGUCAGGUUUGACCACACCACCUGUCUGCCAUUUUAAAAUUUGUCAUAAAUUUGUAUAUCUUUUAAACUAUUGGACAUAUUCGUGCAAAAAUAGGUAGGGAGCUUCGGCAUGAUGUCCUGAAGGUACCUGGGAAGUCAGAGUAAAGCGCCACCUAGGGGUUAUGAACUAUAACAGUUCUUUUAGAACUGCUUAUAUCUUCAAAUUACUUUGUCUGAUAUACAUUUUCUUUGUGAAAUUGUAUUCACUGGUUUAUGCCAUUCGCAACAAUACCUUGUUUGUCAUUUUCCAUCAUUCUGUUCAUGUGUUAUUGUAAGGCAUAUGGUAAAUGAUUUUUUCGCUACUCCUUUUACAAAUUUUGUUUAUUUUAUGCCAGGUUCUGCUCGUAUAAUGUUUGGAGCAAUCCGCACAGACGUGAUUGAACAGAUUUUUCUGCUGCGUGUCAAAUUUUUGAGAAAUACCUCUGCCUGUCAUGCU